AAUAAGCGCCGGAAACCCGUAUUCCGUUCUCCAUAGAAACGCGCCAGAAACGCCGCUGAGCCUCGUCAGGUGUUCUCGGGAGAGGAGUCUGGGUGAGGGGACUAGAGCGAAGGAAGUUUAGGGAAGUAAGUUGGGCCCUGAAGAGGUCGCUGCAGACUCAGGAGAGACUCAAUUCCGCGUGUGGGUCCUGACAAGAGACAAGAAAUGAAUGAAGAGAAAGGAGGUCCCAGGACCUAGAUAGUGUCUUAUCUGGGCCACUUUUGACUGGUGACUAGAUUUCUAACUAGAAAUUUAGAGCAUAUCCAGAAGAGACAAAGACAGAAUAUCCCAGUUGCUGGCCAUUUCUCAAAACAGAAGAAAAUGAUCAAUGCCCAGGAAUCGCUGACACUGGAGGACGUGGCCGUGGACUUCACCUGGGAGGAGUGGCAGCUCCUGGCCCCCGCCCAGAAGGACCUGUACCGGGACGUGAUGUUGGAGAACUACAACAACCUGGUGUCAGUGGUAGGGUAUCAAGCCAGCAAACCAGAUGCACUCUCCAAGCUGGAACGAGGGGAGGAACCGUGGGCGAAACAGGAAGAAGUCCCCAGUGGAACCCAGCCAGAACCUAGCAAAGUUGAUAAUCACCUGCAAGGUCACUGGGAAAAUCCAAGAAUGCUGAAAGGUAUGGAACAAAACCACAAACACAAUGCAUUUGGAAAUACUGUUCCUCAAAGCAAAAGUCAUUUUCCUUCCAGGCAAAAUCAUAUGCUUGAGUUCUAUAUAAAAACUUUGAAGUCAAAUUUAAGUUUAGUCAACCAGAGCAAAAGCUGUGAAAUUAAAAACUCUACUAAAUUCAAUAGAGAUGAGAAAUUAUUUCUGCAUGAUAAGCAUGAAGAUUUUAAUUCUGCUGUUAAACUCCCUAUAAGCGCAAAACCUAUUAGCAAUAAGUCCCAAGUCAUUAAGCAUCAGAGAACUCAUGAAAUAGAGAAACCCCAUGUAUGCAGUGAAUGUGGAAAAGCCUUCAUUAAGAAGUCCCAGCUCACAGAUCAUCACAGAGUUCAUACAGGAGAGAAACCUUAUGGAUGCAAUAUUUGUGCGAAAGUAUUCUCCAGAAAGUCCAGGCUCAAUGAACAUCAGAGAAUUCAUAAAAGAGAGAAAUCCUUUCUAUGCAAUGAUUGUGGAAAAGUCUUCACCAUGAAGAGCCGUCUAAUUGAACACCAGCGAACUCACACUGGAGAGAAACCCUAUGUAUGUAACGAAUGUGGGAAAGGUUUCCCAGGGAAGCGUAAUCUCAUUGUACAUCAGCGAAAUCAUACUGGAGAGAAAUGCUAUGUAUGCAGUGAAUGUGGAAAGGGCUUCACUGGGAAGAGCAUGCUCAUCAUACACCAGCGAACUCAUACAGGAGAGAAACCCUACAUCUGCAGUGAAUGUGGGAAAGGCUUCACCACGAAGCACUAUGUCAUCAUUCAUCAACGAAAUCACACAGGAGAGAAACCCUUUAUAUGCAAUGAAUGUGGGAAAGGUUUCACGAUGAAGAGUCGACUGAUUGAACAUCAGCGAACUCACACAGGUGAGAAACCCUAUGUAUGCGAUGAAUGUGGAAAAGGCUUUCCCAGGAAGAGUAAUCUCAUUGUACAUCGGAGAAAUCAUACAGUAGAGAAAUCCUAUGUAUGCAGUGAAUGUGGAAAAGGUUUCACCGUGAAGAGCAUGCUCAUCAUACACCAACGAACUCAUACUGGAGAGAAACCCUACAUCUGCAGUGAAUGUGGGAAAGGCUUCCCCUUGAAGAGUCGACUGGUCGUACAUCAACGAACACAUACUGGAGAGAAACCUUACAGAUGCAGUGAAUGUGGGAAAGGUUUCAUUGUGAAUAGUGGACUGAUGUUACAUCAGCGAACUCACACUGGAGAGAAACCCUAUAUAUGCAAUAAAUGUGGAAAAGGUUUUGCCUUUAAGAGCAAUCUUGUGGUACAUCAGCGAACUCAUACUGGAGAGAAACCCUUUACGUGCAGUGAAUGUGGAAAAGGCUUCACCAUGAAACGCUAUCUCAUUGUACAUCAACAAAUCCAUACAGGAGAGAAAUCAUACAUAUGCAGCGAAUGUGGUAAAGGCUUUGCUAUGGAAACUGAGCUCAUUUUACAUCAGCAAAUUCAUACUGGAGAGAAACCUUAUGCAUGCAAUGAAUGUGGUAAAGGCUUCACUGUGAAAAGCCGACUAAUCGUUCAUCAGCGAACUCAUACAGGAGAGAAACCUUUUAUAUGCAGUGAAUGUGGAAAAGGCUUCUCCUCAAAGAGAAAUCUUAUUGUACAUCAGAGAACUCAUAAUGGAAACAAACCUCAAUGACACCAUGAAUAGCGUCACACCCUCAGGAGGAAAAUAUGCCUUGUGCAACAUCAGAGAUUUCACACAGAAUUGACUUCCUUUAUUUGUACUGACUGUGGAAAAUCCCAUUCAUUACCUACCGGGGAAUUAUGCAGCAAACUAUGUAUACAGUUAAUGGGAGAAAGCCUUCAAUACCAAGUCAGCACCCAUUGUACAUCAAAGAAUUCAUAGAAUAGAAAGACUAUGGAUUUAAUAACUGCGGGCCACCUUUCUCUCAUUUGUCAAGCCUUGUUAAUACACACAAGAAAUGUGUAAGUCAAGGUACACAAGCCUUUGCAGAGAAUCUGAACUCAUUACAUACAAGUGAACUCAUUCAGGGGACAAACCAUGAUACUUCAGUGAACUCCUUAAACAUCAGUGUGCUCCCAGCAUACCUGAAUAUAGUCAGUAUAGAUUAAUUAGCCUGUUGCUAGAUUUUCACCCUUGGGGAAUACUGAGUUUGCAUAGGAGUGAAGUUUAGUGAAUGCAGAGAAUGUGCUAGUGCCUUCAGUGAUCAAUUACCUCACGUUGUAUGUCAAAACAGGAAACAAAACUGACAUAUUCAAUGCAGAAAAGUCCUGAGGAAACAUUUCUAGGUAAUUACAUAUCUGAAAAGUAUAUAUUAAGACGAAUCUUAUGAAUGGAGAGAGUAGGAAAGCCUCCUAUGGGAAUAAAGACCCUGUCUCAUCAGUGAUCAUAAUAGAUCCCACCAGCGAGCUUACACAUAGUGGCAACAUGAUGAUUGUGCAAAAGCCUUUGCCUGGAAGUCAAACCUUAAUAGUUGUGUGAUAUUCACGUUAAAGGAAAAUGGCAGUGAAUAUGAAUUUUAGUGAUAUUUCUGCCUCAUCAUUUCUCAUGAAUUCAUACAGACAUAAAACUCAUGAACACACUAAAUGUGGAGUAACUAGGAAAUUAUCAGAAAUUUUGAAGGAGGGCGCCUGGGUGGCUCAUUUGGUUAAGCGACUGCCUUUGGCUCAGGUCAUGAUCCUGGAGUCCGAGGAUCGGGUCCUGCAUCGGGCUCCCUGUUCGGCGGGGAGUCUGCUUCUCCCUCUGAUCCUUCCCCCUUCAUGCUCUCUCUCUCUCAAAUAAAAUCUUUAAAAAAAAUUUUUUUUGAAGGAAAGAAGCCUCAUGAAAACAAUGCAUACCUGAGUUUUUCAUCACAAGUCUAUACUUCUACAUCUGAUGUCCAUUUUGGGGCAGGAUACCUUGAACCAUAUUCUCAGUGAUGCCAUCGUUUUAAAGUAGGCUAUUCUCAACACUGAUUAAAUUUUAAUGUACACAAUGCAGGGGUGUUCUGUACCCAACUGUAUCAUAGGAUUACCUCUUGCAUUUCUUGGGUUCUAAAGUCAUCUCUUUCAGGCAAAAGAAAAAGGAAUAUAUUUUUAAAUGUAAUUUAACAUAUUAGGGUGUAUUUAUUCAAGUUUGUAAGUAGUUUACAAAAAUAAUCUUAUAUAUGAUUUUUUCUAAGUUUUUUGAAAUAAUUUUAGAUUCACAAAAAAUUAUAAAGUAUACAAUGUUCCUGAGUACACGUACUCAGCUUUUUCAGUGACAUUAUCUUACAUAACCAUAAUACAUAAUCAAAACCAAUAAAAUGACAUUGGUACAAUGCUGUUAAGUCAACUGUAGACCUUAUUUGGUUUUCACUAGUGUUUGCAUGCAUUAAUUUAUGUGAUGUUUUGUUUUGUUUUUUAGUGUAGAGUUCUAAGAAACUUAAUCACAUACAUAGAUUCCUGUAAAUCCCACCACAAUCAGGAUACAGAAUUGUUGUGCCAACACAAAGAAACAUCCAUGUACUGCCCCUUUAUAGUCACACUCUCCCCACAACCCUGACCCAUCGCGACCACUGACCAGUACUCCAUCACUCUGAUUUUGUCAUUUCAAGGGUGCUGUUAAAAUGGAAUGAUACAGUGUGACCUUUGGGAUAGGCUUUAUUUCAUGCAGCAAAUUGCCCUUAAGAUUCAUCCAAUUUGUUGGGCAUAUAAGUAGUUUUACUUUUUGUUACUGAGUGGUAUUCUUUUGUUAUGAACGUAUCAUGGCUUAUCUGUUCAAUGUUGGUGGACUUUGGGUUGUUUCUAGUGUUUCACUGUUAAGAAUAAAGAUGCUAUGAAU